UACGCGCUGAGCGCGGGUGGCAACGUGGUUAACAAGGUGAUCCUGAGCGCUUUCCCGUUCCCCGUGACGGUUUCGCUGUGCCACAUCCUGGCUCUAUGCGCUGGGCUCCCACCGCUGCUGCGCGCGUGGCGCGUGCCUCCCGCGCCGCCAGUCUCGGGCCCCGGGCCCGGCCAGCACCCGUCGCCCGGCCCGCUGUUGCCGCCACGGUUCUACCCGCGCUAUGUACUUCCUCUCGCCUUCGGCAAGUACUUCGCAUCGGUGUCGGCGCACGUCAGCAUCUGGAAGGUGCCAGUGUCCUACGCGCACACCGUCAAGGCCACCAUGCCCAUCUGGGUGGUCCUCCUGUCCCGGAUCAUCAUGAAGGAGAAACAGAGCACCAAGGUGUACUUGUCACUCAUUCCCAUCAUCAGUGGCGUCCUGCUGGCCACUGUCACUGAGUUGUCAUUUGACAUGUGGGGGCUCAUCAGUGCCCUUGCAGCCACACUGUGCUUCUCACUUCAGAAUAUUUUCUCCAAAAAGGUAUUAAGAGACUCACGGAUCCACCAUCUCCGGCUCCUGAACAUCUUAGGCUGCCACGCCGUCUUCUUUAUGAUCCCUACAUGGGUCUUAGUGGACCUCUCCGCUUUCCUGGUCAGCAGUGACCUGACCUAUGUGUACCAGUGGCCCUGGACGCUCCUGCUCCUGGCUGUCAGCGGUUUCUGUAACUUUGCCCAGAAUGUCAUCGCCUUCAGCAUCCUCAACCUCAUCAGCCCUCUAAGCUACUCGGUCGCCAACGCCACCAAGAGAAUCAUGGUCAUCACGGUGUCCCUGAUCAUGCUGCGGAACCCGGUCACCAGCACCAACGUCCUGGGCAUGAUGACAGCUAUCUUGGGUGUCUUCCUGUACAACAAGACCAAGUACGAUGCGAAUCAGCAAGCGCGGAAGCACCUCCUCCCCAUCACAGCGGGGGACCUGAACAGUAAAGAGCACCUUCGGAGCCCCCUGGAGAAGCCUCACAAUGGCAUCCUCUUCCCCCAGCAUGGGGACUAUCAGUAUGGCCGCAACAACAUCUUAACAGACCACUUCCAGUACAGCCGGCAGAGCUACCCAAACUCAUACAGUUUGAACCGCUAUGACGUGUAGAACCUAGAGGACAGGGUGGGCCGUCUGCGACUUCUCCCCCACACCCAGCAGUACGUCUGACAACCAGUGAAUGUAAGCCCAACCACAGGGAUGGUGCACAAACCAUCAGAGGACCUCGGGGUUCCCAGCCUCCAGGGCAGCAGGAUGACCUCCCUGCAGCAAGGAUCACCACCCUCAAGCUCUGAUGUUUCAUGCCUUUCCUUCUUGGAGUCUCUCAAGUCUCUCUGAGGGCACUGUGGAGAUCUUGGCUAGAUUUUACCUUUCUGCGUGGACUUAUUCUCCAAGUCAUUUAUUUCAGAGUUCUUGUUCUGCUUUCCAGAUAACUCUCUGGAAAGGCAGGAUUGCUGUGGAUACAGAUCCCAGUGCAGGCAAGGAGAUGGACUCAGUUUCCCUGCAGCCCCAUGGCCGUUUGCAGUUACUAGCAAGCACUCCCAAGUGAACAGCUAUUUUAGUUAGCAUUGAAUUCUUGGAAGCUGAUUAUUUGACCUGCAAAUCAGUCGGUAUGUGUGGGGACCCAGAAUGAGGGGCAGAGACGGGCAUUGCUUCUCUUGGGAUAGUAAGGAGGAGGUGAUUUAGAGGCUGGGGGAGGGAUCAUUAGGAAAUCAUGUUCAGUGUUUCAAGCUCUAUUUCUGUAAUAGUCAUUUUUGUCUUUUCUGGUGGGUCCUCACUGCUGUGAUGACUUCACGAGAUGUUGAAGAGGUAUUGAUUUUAUGAGGAUCUCGCAUUUUUCUAGGGAAUAUUUUGUAGUUGUGUGUGUUUAUGCCUUGGUCCCCAGGAGGGGACACAUGAGGACUAGCUUAUGAAUUGAAAACCCUUUUGUUUUUAAAUGUUUAAAAACAAGAAAAGUUCCCACUGGUGAUGCCUGUCUUGACGCAUUUUGGCAUUCCGUAGGAAGAAAUGGUGCUGAGAAGCGUCUCUCUAAUGACCACAAUCGCUGAAAGCGGAAUGAAUCAAAAACAUCUUAAUGAUUGUGUCAGACAAGAACACAGUGCUUUGAUUCCAUGGUCUAUUUUUGUGUUUACAUUGAAAUCUGAAUCAUGUCCUGGUAAAGGAGAAAAAGGGCAAGCACCAAGCUAAGAUCUGCUUUGCCAAAUGAGAUGCUUUGGUCAAGAAAAAGUUUAGGUUUUGUCAAGUUCACAUCAUCAGGAAAAUUAUGUGUGCCAAGGUCCAGGUUGGGGUCUCUAUCUUUGCUGGCAUCACGCAGGACUGUAUCCUCCUUCCCUGAGGGCACCACUGGUUGGAGUCCAUGAAGAUGGCUGGAUGGCUGCUUUCUUCCUUCAACACUGUCUCCAGCAGAUGGGAUGGGGAUCACCCUUUACCUCCUCGUGAGUGAGACGUUUCCCAGUUCAGAGAGGAAGUGACAUAGCUUAUGCUUGACUCCUGGUUGUUUUUGAUAAUUAGAAUUUUGUAUUUAAGAGGUUUCAUUUUGUCAACUCAUGAAUGGACCACUCCUGGAGAGGUCACGGAUAACUUUUAGCCUGUGAGUUUAUGAACCACCAGCCUCAGGAGUCUCCACUGCCUGUUGUUUGCUUGCUUAUAAUUACUUUGGCCAAGUUUUGAGAUGUGCUGUUUGAAACCUGAAAAGGCAAUCCUGAAGGGUGUUACUGGUGAGAAGAGCUCACUGGGUACCUUCCCCAGAGGUAGUCGAAUCUGCAGUUUUCUCACUGGUUAAUGAUUAGAGUAACUGACUCCUUGAACAUACAAUUGAACUCCAAAAUGAAUUAUGCCUCCAUUCAGCUUUAAUGAAAUUUCCAAUGUUGCUGAAAUUUGUUUAUUAGUUUUCCUUUUCCAGUGCAAGAUCUGCUGGUGAAAGGAAAUGACUGACUGGUUUUAUUAUGGUUUAUAAAUUAAUAAAUGGGAUAUUUAAUUCUGUGCAUAAAUUUACAGUAAGUAUAUACACUGGAAUGAAUGAGACAAUCAUAUCAGACCAAAUCAUCAAGUCAAAAUACAAAGACAUACUUUUGAGACUUGACAGUUCAGAGCUGGCAUUGACCUCUUGAAGGCCAGUUUUCUAGCCCUGGCCCACCACCCCCACCCCGCUCCCAUGUUCGCAUUAGCAGCUCUAUUUCCCUCACACUCCCCAAUGCUGGGGUUUUGUGGCGGUGAGUUCAGUUUACCCAUCUGUGGUGUGGUCUAGCCUACGACAAUAACUCUAACCCAACUCUUUCAUUUUACAAAGGGGAAACUGAGGCACAGAGGGCAUUUUUGAAUAGUGUUUUAUUGUGUUGAGACUUGGUGUGGAAUUUUUAAGCACCUUAAGUCAUUCAUUUUAGGGAAAAUCAAACCCGUUACAAAGGAGAGAAGCCAAAAUACGUUCCAGUGAAACAGCACGUGGAAUCCCUGACCUUUGCUGUGUAUUUGGCAUCCAUCAGGCAACAGGCCCUUUAUUAUCGCUGGGACGUAACCAGACCCGAUACCUUAAGGAUCUAACAGCCUUAAGGGCAUAGAACAUGAAAUUAUUAAAGGAUCUGAAAAUUGUGAAUUUUUUUUUCAAUUUUCACCUGUUUUCAAGACUUAAAUGCUAUAGACUUCUGUGGGAAUGAUACUAUGUUAUAUUCAUUGAUGGCAUUUACCAAAAAUAAAUGAUGAUCUCCAGGGAA